AUGAAGAUUCUCAGCUUGAACUUUUUGACUUGCGCGGUCAAGGCCUGCAAGUCCUCGGCGGCCUCGUUCCCCCUCCACCCCAAGGACGCGGAGCUGGUGCAGGACGACGUCGAGGUCAAUCCCCAGCUCCUGCUCAACGUCCUGCCCCGCUUAGAUUGGACCGCGCUGCGAACGAACGCGACUGAGGACGGCAACGGCAGAUGGGUGCUGACAUACUCACAAAAGCUGGGCUUCCCUGAACUGCCUUCCGAGGCCCCCUCGGCGGAACAGCUCGAGGGCGACGACAAGAUGCUCAAGGACCUGCACCACCUGCUCAUGGAGACGCAGAUCAUGGAGGGCAAGCUUGUCUGCGGCAAUUGCGGGCAUGAGUACGCCAUCCGCGAGGGCAUCGCCAACUUCUUGCUGCCGAGUCAUCUGGUUUAG